AUCUUUCCAGUAGAGUUUCAGAGACCCCACUGAAGCUGUUUUGGAGGCUCAAGGUGGCCCAAAACUUUACUAAGACACUUCAUGUUGGUUAUUCACUAAAUUUUCCAUCUAUAAAGUAAAGAGAUCUCCUUUGAAAUGUACACGUCACCAGUCACACAUGACACACAGUAAUUUAAGUUUGGUCCACGGUAGACAAAACAGACACUAGAUAGUAGGUAGUUGUGUCUAUUUCAGUUUGGCUAGGAAUGCUGAGCUGAUACUAAACCGUUGCCAGGAUGAGCAGCCCAUGUGGGUGAUAGUGGAAGACGUGGAUACCAGCUCUCAGCAGAAACACAUGGAUCUUCAUGUGUCAGAUACUUCUGACAGUCCAGACGAGAUGGAGCGCGUGAGCAGGAGGAAAGUGGAACAUGGGAGACAGACGCACCAGGUCUUACAGAGCACUCCUUUAGACCUGAUUGAGACAGGCAAGUCCCUGAAAGUCCAGGCGGAGCGCCCCCACCUGGUUAGUUUGGGAAGUGGACGUCUGAGCACAGCCAUCACCUUGCUACCACUGCAGGAAGGGAGAACCACGCUGGGCAGCGGGGAGACAGACAUCCCUCUGCAGGGCAACGGCAUCGCCGCUCAUCACUGCUACAUUGAAAACCAGGCGGGCAGCAUCACCUUGCACCCAUGUGGAAACCAGUGCUCUGCGGAUGGCCUUCCCAUCACCAAACCCUUUCGCCUGACACAAGGGUGCAUGCUGUGUUUUGGUCAGUCGGUCUUUUUCCGCUUCAACCAUCCAGAGGAGGCCCUGCGGAUGAAGAGCAUGCUGCCUGGAGGGAGCCAAGGACCGAGCACCACGAGAACUCACCCUACAGACUCUCACGGUGUCCUGAACGGGAACCAUCAGUCUUUCUCGAGCAACGGCUCCGACUCCAAAAUCAACAACAUAGCAAAGAACCUCCAGGACUCGUUGGUGCUGAAGGCCGGAUCUGGAUCUGGUAAACAUCAUCAGCCCUCUCCUCCAAACAUGCUCAAUGGGAGAAACGGCUCUAUGACAGAGGACUCCAUUUACGAAAACAGCAGCAGCUUUCUGGGCCAGAACCUCGGCAACAAAACCCCUCCGGUACCUGCGCGGUCCCCUCAUACCAACAACACUCCUGUUCCCCAUCCACGGACCUCCCUCUCUGUGGCCUCCAGCGGUACUAGUGGUGGUCAGAGGGGCCAGGAGAGCCCAAAGCUUCUUAGGAACGCAAGAGCAGAGGCCACACCAGGCCCAGGCAAAUUCUCCCCUACAGCUCCAUCCAGCCCUCGAGUAAGAGGUUCUUCCCUACAGAAGAGAUCCCCAAGUCCCAUGCAAGAUCAGCACCUCUCGCAUGUAGAAGUCCCUCAAAGGCUCAGGACUCCAGAGCCGAUCGGGUCCACCAGCCUGAGAGAACUUCCUCCUCUCAGCCCUUACAUGUCCCGCAGAGGGACUCCAGGAUCGCAGGGCUCGGCCGCGGUCAAACCUGUCCCAGAGGGCCACCUCAAACUCACAACUGCUUCAAAAGCAGAAGCCAUGAGGGCAAUGUACGCCCAGGGUCCAUUGGCACUCUCUGGGCUGGAGAAAGAGCCUGGAGGCAGGCAGUUAAGGGCUGGCCUGGGGUCUCUGUCCGGUUCGUCUCCUCUCACUAGCCCUCGUAGCAAAAGAAAGACCUCCGGCAUGACCAUGACGGGAUCCUCCAGCAAGGAACAGAGUCUUAUGAAACCAUAUACCCGCGAACGCAAAAACAGCAUCUCUGAGAUCAGUGACAAUGAGGACGAGCUGCUGGAAUACCACCGCUGGCAGAGAGAGGAGAGGCUGCGUGAGCAGGAAAUGGAGAAACUGGAGAGGCAGAGGCUGGAGACCAUCCUCAGUCUGUGUGCAGACUAUAACCACGAGGACAGCGCUGCAGAGCUGGCCGAGGUGGUGAGGAGCGGGCUGCUGGGGGGCGCCAGAGGGACCUGCUCGGACACAGCGGGGGGGAUGUCCCUACAGGGAGGAGACAGACCCCAGAGGGCGAGAGAGAACGAUGAGGAAACCCAGAGAGAGGAGUCGAGCAGCACAGAGAGCACACAUCAAGAGUGUGAAGAGCUGUUAGCCGGGCAGGAGCAGGUCUACAUGGAGGAGGAGAGGAGCAGGAUCUUGGCCAGGGUUGAUGACUUGAAGCACAGAGUCAGUGAACUGGAGCUGCAGCUACAAGAGACCAAACAGGAGGUGGAGAUGGAGCAGGCCCUGCUGCAGGCAGAGAGGCGAGCCGAGCAGGAGCAGGUGGAGGCUGAAAAUGAAAUCAUCUCUCAGCUGCAGCUCAAACUCAGCCAGCUGGACAAGGCCACCCAGAAAGAGAAGGAAAAGGGGAGGGCUAAUGUGUCGGCUGAGCGGAAGGCCCUGGAAAAGCAGAGGAAUGAGUACAAUGAGCUGAAGAGGCAGUUUGAUAAGUGCCCCUUGUCUCUAAGGGAACAGUUACAGGAGCAGCUCAGCAGGAAAGGUGAAGCUCUGGAGUCCGGGACCAAGCAGUUUGAGGAGCUGGAGUUCUGCCAGCUGGAGGAGGAGAGCAGUCUGGAGGAGAAGAAGGAGACUCAGAGCUCGCAGCUUCUCCAGGAGCGAGCCGAGUAUCACUGCAGCGUGGCCAAGAGGAAGGAGAAGAUGGCCGCCAUGGAAGCUCAGGUGAAGCAGCUGGGGUUACAGGCGGCUCAAGACUGUGAGAGGAUGGUUAAAGACAGGACGGUGACUCUGCAGCUGCUGCACAAGGAGCAAGACAGGUUGUGUGCCCUGGAGAAGAGGUACCACACCUUGACAGGAGGGAGAAGCUUCCCAAAGCCCAACGGCAGCAUGAAAGAGGAAUUUCUUCACAUCAGCGAACCUGACCUUGUUUAUGUGGACGGUCCUCCUCAUAGCCCCUGUCCCUCCUCUGCCUCCUUCUCCUCCUCCUCCUCCUCUCACAUCCCCUCCCCUGAACUCUGUCCUGUUAGGAUGCAAGAGGAGUACCUCAGGCUCUCUGAUGUCUAUAAGAUGUAUGGAAACGCUUCUAUGCAACCUCACUCUUCUUCUCCUGCUGCUCUCCACUGCGUCUCCCGCGCUGUAGCACCGGCUCUGCCGUGUGAGGAGUACAUCACAGUCAGCCAGUUAAGCCAGAUCUUUGGGAUACCGAGAGUCGAUCCCUCCUCUUCUUCCUCUACUCCAUCAUUCCAACUUGCCUCCUCUGAAUCCACCUUCUCGUACCACUCAACUGCAUGUGGUCCUUCCUCCUUCCUCUCUGCACAGAGCCAGCCUGAGCUGAGCAGGAAUGCAAUGCCUCCAAUUAACCUCGAGCGCUGGUACCAGGACAUCAUGGCUGCUGGAGAGCAUCAGUCAUGUCCUCCACCGCUGCCUGCAAAGUCUUUUUCCACACGCAGACACAGUCAGCUAUUGAAGUCCAAAUCAGAUGGUGAGGUUGGACAGGCAGGGUCAAGCACACUGCCACACUCCAGCGGCGUCUCUCAUGAGAAAAGUGCAUCCACUAAGGGGUUACAGUUAAUGCUGAGAGAGAUGUCCAACCCAUUAGACAUGGAGUCCAGGAGGCAGUUUGCUCUGCAGAGCAAAGAUCUGUCUCCUACAGUCCAUCACUCCAUCCUGCAUCACCAGUCGCCACCGAGUGGCAACCAGGCGUACGACACCCUGAGCCUGGAGAGCUCUGACAGCAUGGAGACCAGCGUCUCCACUGGCAACUCCGCCUGUACCCCAGAAAGUGCCUGCGGGUUAGAGACCCAGAGGAUAGAAGAGAUGGAGAAGAUGCUGAAGGAGGCGCAGCAGGAGAAAGCAAGGCUGAUGGAGAACCGAGAGAGGGAGGUGCAGGCUCGGCGGCAGAUGCUGGAGGAGGAGCGGAGGAGGCGAGAGGAGGCCGAGAGGAGGCUUCAGGACGAGACGGCCCACAGGCUGAGGCUGGUGGAGGAGGAGGUGAAGAUGAGAGAGAAACACUUCUCCCAGGCCCGUCCGAUGACGCGCUACCUGCCCAACCGUAAGGAGGAGUUUGACCUGCGAGCCCACGUGGAGUCGUCCGGCCACAGCAUAGACACCUGCCCCUUCGUCAUCCUCACAGAGAAGAUGUGCAAGGGCCACCUGGUGAAGAUGGGCGGCAAGAUCAAGUCGUGGAAGAAACGCUGGUUCGUUUUUGACCGUAUCAAGAGGAACUUCUGUUAUUACGCGGACAAGCAUGAGACCAAGCUGAAAGGACUCAUUUACUUCCAGGCGAUUGAAGAGGUUUAUUACGAUCACCUACGCAGUGCCACCAAGAGCCCAAGCCCGUCUUUGACCUUCUGUGUGAAGACCCACGACCGCCUCUACUACAUGGUGGCCCCGUCCCCGGAGGCCAUGAGGAUCUGGAUGGAUGUCAUAGUAACGGGCGCCGAGGGCUACACGCAGUUCAUGAGCUGAGGGACCACCAGAGGAUGACAGGGACUGAGCGAGCGACCCAGACACCUGCGAGCCGACCUGAGCUGAAAUACGAGACACACGGCCUGAUGGUGUGUUAACGAAAGGACGUCUGAGGAGAUUAAUAACCUGGGGCUCUCAUAAAAAGCCUGAUGCCUUCGAGCACAUGAGGGCGUAGUGAUGACAAGAGGUGCAUUUGAAAGAUGUUGUAUUUAUCUUACAGGAAAAUAAGCAAACUGCCGAUGGAUCUAUAAAGGGAGCUCUCAAUUAAUCACAUUCUGUUAUCAAAAUGUAUUGUUAAUAAGUACAAUAUCAUUUUUGAGCUUUCAGGAGGAACACUUCUUACUUCAUAACUGUUUCCACCUCUGAAGUCGAUCUAUGCACGCAGCGUUUUCACUCUAACCGACGCCUUUUUGAUACAUUUCUACUUUUUCUCUUGUUAACUUUUCUCAAAUGAAAAAAAAGAAUCUCUCGAUACUUCAAAAACACUAAACAAAUUGUAGUAGCAAAUACUCUAAAACAUAUUUUAAAAGUCAUAUGUUACUAUUGGUGCCAAAUACUCUAUGUAAUAUUUUGUCAGAUUUCUACGAUACCAAUGUUAAUAUCACUCUAUAUAUUGUUUUAUUCAGACAUAUAACGCAGCGUUAAUCUGUAUUUUACAUAAAUAUGUCAAAGAAAUCUAUUAGCAUUUUAACAAAAUUCAUAAAUUAUAGUCCUAUAAAACUGCCAUGUACAUGUAAUAAAUAAAAAUAUAUGAUGAUGCA